AUGCUGCAGAGCAAAUAUGGAGAUAAAAGCCAAAACCUUACCAUUUUGAGAAAUGUUUCUUGUAGCUCACCUAUUUAUAUUUCUCAAAAUUAUCCACUUUUUGUAGAAUUUCUUAAAAGUUCACAGCUUACCCUUUGUAAGAUCAUUCAUAAUAAGUAUGAAGAGCUGAAACAAAUGUUUCCACAUUCCCAAGAUGCAAUUGCUCAAGUGAUUCAACAAAUUGUCACAGCACUAUUUUACAAUGUAUUGGAAGCUUACAAACUUGUUAAGCACAACCAUAGAGGGUUAUAUCCUGUCAUUAAUAUUCACCGAUCCAGGAAGUCUCAUUCAAUGGACCGCACUCCAUGCCUGACAAAGCGGUCACAUCCUGGAGCAGCAGUGAGCGUGAAAACACAAGAACCUGUAAGACGGAGCAAUGAGGGACCGCCUUCAUUACCAUCUGCAAUACCUUCACAAGAUAGUGAUUCUCAUGAAACCCCACCAAAAGUGUUCCAGGCUGCCCAGUAUGAACAGCAUCUUGUAGAGACACUUGAAAAGGAUAUCAUUCAUAGAAAUCCUAAUGUGCAGUGGAACCGUGUUGCUGGGCUGAGCGAAGCAAAAGCAAUACUUCAGGAAGCCAUGGUACUCCCAAUGCUGAUGCCUGAUUUCUUCUGUGGAAUAAGAAGACCAUGGAAAGGAAUUCUUAUGGUGGGACCUCCAGGAACAGGAAAGACUAUGUUGGCUAAGGCAGUUGCAACUGAGUGUGGUUCAACAUUCUUCAAUAUUUCUUCAGCAACACUUACCUCAAAAUACCGUGGAGACUCAGAAAAGCUUGUGCGACUAUUAUUUGAAAUGGUUCACUUUUAUGCCCCAAGCACUAUUUUUAUAAAUGAAACAGAUUCACUGUGUUCACAACGUCGUACAGAUUCAGAACAUGAAGCUUCCCGAAGAUUUAAGGCAGAACUGUUGAUUCAAAUGGAUGGUCUUAAUUCUAACAGUUCAGAUAACAAGGUGAUAAUGGUACUAGCAGCAACCAACCAUCCAUGGAACAUUGAUGAGGCAUUUCGCCGAAGAUUUGAGAAAAGGAUAUAUAUUCCUCUUCCAAACGAUGAAACAAGAUCUGCCUUGGUGAAACUAUGCCUAGAAGGAGUAAAUGUUGAUCCUCCUCUAGAUACUAACAAAGUUGCUGACAGCCUUAAGGGCUACACAGGAUCAGACAUAAGUAAUGUAUGUAGGGAUGCUGCCCUUAUGGCAAUGAGGCAUAAAAUAUGUGGCAGGAGUCCAGAAGAAAUUAAGAAAAUCAAGAAAGAAGAUGUUGAUCUACCAGUAACUAUGCAGGAUUUUGAUGAAGCAUUAACAAGAUGUAAAAAAAGUGUAUCAGCAGGAGACAUUGCAAAAUAUGAAGUUUGGAUGGAAGAAUUUGGAUCUUGCUAGAGACCUUGAAGUGAUGAUUAUUUUUUAUGAAGUGUAAAAUGACAUGUGAUAUA